UACCCAUACCCCCCCACUCUAUCUUACUCUAAUUCACCGGCACUGCUAUGUCUUUAAAAACAUUUACUCGUGAAGAAGUCGGUCGCCAUGCAUCCGAAAAUGACCUCUGGAUCAUUAUUGACUCGAGCGUUUAUGAUAUGAGCCGAUUCAUCAAUUUUCAUCCAGGAGGCGCUGCUCCUAUUCUCGAAAUGGCCGGAAAAGACGCCACGGAAGAUUUCUACGGUCUUCACAGGCAAGAAGUCUUGGUUAAAUACUCAAAGUACAAGAUUGGUACCAUUGCGAAUGAGAAGGCCCAGAUUACCAUUCGCCAGAACGGUGACUUCUCCAAAGUACCUUAUGGAGAACCUAGUGCCUGGAUGGGAUUCAAAUCACCUUAUUACAAGGAGAGCCACUACAAGUUCCGUGCUGCAAUUCGCCCAAUUAUCGAUGAACUUGCUGAAGAAGCUCGCCACUUUGAAGACACGGAGACCAAACCAACAGAUGAAUUCAUGCAGAAGUUGGGAAGUUACAAUCUUUUGGCCGCAAAUGUGGGUCCCGGCCCGUGGCUGCGAAACAUUACUCUUCCCGGUGGUGUCACCGGCGAAGAAUUCGAUUACUUCCACGAAUUGAUUCUACACGAGGAAACAGCACGCUGGGGAACUCGUGGUGCUGGUGAUGGUAUCUUUGGUGGAAUGGUCAUCUCUAUCCCAACCGUCCUCAAUUUCGGAUCGCCUGCGCUCAAGGCAAAGAUUGUACCUGAAGUCUUUUCUGGAAAGAAACGAAUCUGUUUAGCUAUUACCGAACCAUAUGCUGGAUCUGAUGUUGCAAGCAUUCGUACAACUGCCAAAAAGACAGCUGAUGGAAAGCACUACAUUGUAAACGGCGUAAAGAAAUGGAUUACUGGUGGUAUGUAUUGUCAAUAUGCUGACUACUUCUCAACCGCUGUUCAGACCGAAAAUGGCAUGUCUAUGCUUUUGAUCGACCGUUCGGAUGAUGUCGAGACCAAAGCCAUCAAGACAUCUUACAGCAGCAGUGCCGGUACCUCUUAUAUUAUCUUUGAAAACGUAAAAGUCCCAGUUGAGAACUUGCUGGGUAAGGAGGACCGUGGUUUCAUGGUGGUUCUUUCCAACUUUAACCAUGAACGCUGGGUAAUGAUUACCAGUGUUUCUAUGGCUGCCCGUAUUGUGAUUGAAGAAUGCUUCAAGUGGGCUAACCAGAGAAAGGUCUUUGGAAAGAGACUUAUCGACCAACCUGUAAUCAGAAAUAAACUUGCUGUUAUGGUUGCUGAACUCGAGAGCUUUCAUAAUUGGGUUGAAAACAUCACUUAUCAAAUGUGUCACAUGGGAUACAAAGAGCAGUCCGAGAAGCUUGCUGGUCCUUUAGCUUUGUGCAAGUACCAGUCCACUCGCAUGCUUCACAAUGUAUCUGACUCUGCUUGUCAGAUCUUUGGUGGACGAGCACUUACAAAGACUGGAAUGGGAAAACAUAUUGAGAUGCUUCAAAGAACAUACAAGUUCUCGGCUAUUUUGGGUGGUGCAGAAGAAAUCAUGGCCGACCUUGGAGUUCGCCAAGCCAUGAAGAGCUUCCCUGCCGGUGCUAGACUCUAA